AUAUUAUGUGUGAAUAUUAUUAGCCCUCAAAAUUAGCGUGGAAAAUAAAGAGGGGAGGAGAAGGGGAAUCUCAUACAAAAUCGAAUUCCGAUGGACGAGAAUGAAUUCCGGCAGCUCCUCGAGCUCUUCCCAAUCGUCCGAUCUCCCGAUUAUUGCGCUGGUUCGGAAUUUUCAAGCCAAUUAUCUGGACCUGCUCCAAGUUUGGAGUUGAAGGAACGGCAAGAUGGAUGUAGUACUGAGGAUAAUACAGAAGCAUUUUGGGGAAAACUAAAGGCGGCUGCUGAGAAGAAGGUGGGUGCAGCUGAUGCAGAAAUAUUUUGCAAGGCAUUUCAACAAGUUUAUAAGAAACUAGUUUAUGAAGAAUUAACAACAGAUGCUGCUAAGAGAAUAAUGAAUUCAAGGACUUCCUGAAGAACAAAAGAUGGAAGUAUAAGGAAAUUGAUGCUUCAUACUAUCGUUAUGUCAGCAUGCAGUAGUACACAUAAUUCUGCCAUAGGCUUUAGACUUUGUAUCCAAACUGAUGAUUGAGGAAAUUGUGCUGCUUUUGUGACAUCAAUUGCUAUUUCUCUCUUUGUUGUUCAUUGAUCGCAUGUUUAUUGUAUUAUUAUUAAUAUUAGUAUUAUAUAUUGCCAUGGAUGUUCUGAACUUAA